AUGCGGGUACUCUCUUCUGCCCUCGUCUCCGCGGCUUCUCUUCUCCCCGGCCUCGUUUCGGCCAUCAACUUUGAUUGCGAACACAUCAAAAAAGACAACUACAAAUACGACCUGAGUCCGCUCGGCGGUGUCCACGAGCUCUAUCAUGCCGAGAAAGUCGGGGGAUCCAUCCUUAACACAACAUACGUCUUGAACGUGUGCAAUAUUCUCGGGGGCGCAGCAAUACGUGACAACUUGAAUUGCGGCAGGUCACGGAAUAUUUGCGGAUUCGAAUAUACAUAUGAGGACGGCAAUCCGACGAGUAGUCGCACAUUCCCUAUCGUUGGGUUUGAACCCAUGGGCGGAGGCGCGAAGGACGCGGAGAUCACGCGGCUAAAGACGGAUGAUUCAGAACUGGAGGGACUCCGUGUUAAGCUAACCGGCGGCCAUUACUCGAAUGGUGAAAAGAAGAAAAAGGAUGCAGGUGCGGUUAUCGAGUUUAUCUGUGAUCCUGCCCUGUCGGGGUUGGAGGGUCUCGAUGGGGAGGAACCGAAACGUUUGAUCCGCGCGCGAGCAGAGGAUGGAGAUGGGGACGACAAGGGAGAUGGCGAUGGUGAGGGCGAUGGUGAGGAUGAUGGUCCUAUCAAUAACGGAACGGUGCCAGGUCGCAGUCUGCAGUUCAAGAGCUUUGGGAAGGCCGAUGAUGACACUUACGUUCUGAACUUGAACUGGAGGACGCGCUACGCCUGUGACAAUUACCUUGAAGAGCGUGGAUCGAGCUCGAGUCACUGGGGUUUCUUCACCUGGUUGAUUGUCAUUUUCUUCCUCUGCGCCGCGGCAUACAUCAUCUUCGGGUCGUGGCUCAACUACAACCGUUAUGGAGCCCGUGGCUGGGACCUUCUUCCGCACGGUGACACGAUCCGGGACGUUCCCUAUCUCUUCCAGGACUGGCUGCGGCGGGUAGUCAACACAUUCCAGGGAUCUGGAGCAAGGGGUGGAUACAGCGCUGUAUAA